AUGUCUUCAACAGAGCCUUCGCAAAAUAAAACAUGGGAGCUAUCCCUUUACGAGUUACACCGUACUCCACAAGAAGUGAUCACAGACGCGACGGAAAUAGCGGUCUCCCCACGAAGUCUUCACAGCGAGCUGAUGUGCCCAAUCUGUUUGGAUAUGCUCAAAAAGACAAUGACUACAAAAGAAUGCCUCCAUAGAUUCUGCAACGACUGUAUUAUAACCGCUUUGAGAUCGGGCAACAAAGAGUGUCCGACUUGUAGAAAGAAAUUAGUGUCCAAACGUUCUCUUCGACCGGACCCCAACUUUGACCUGCUCAUAUCCAAGAUAUAUCCCAGUAGGGACGAAUACGAGGCUCACCAAGAACUGGUUCUGGCUAAACUAAGCAUGUCCCAUUCACAAGCUUCUCUCGUCAAUUCUAUAACCGAAGGCAUAAAGUUACAGUCACAGAACAGACCUCAAAGAUCAAGAAAGAACCACGACGAGAGUAGCAAUGCGUCUAAUUCCAAUGGUAAUGUAGAAACAGCUCAAAAUGGUAGUAAUUCUGCCACUCCCAAAGAUGGAACUUCUUCAAGCGGGAAUCCUGCACAAUCCGGUCAGUCAACAUCGAAUCCUGCUUCUGUGAGAAGUACACCAUCUCCAGUCCCGUCGAAUGUUUCAUCAGUAUCCAAAAACACAAGUACAACUAAAAGGGCCAAAUCGGUAUUGACUUCAGAGAGAAGUGAAGAAAGUGAAUCUAGUGAUGGAAGAACAGAAGGAGAGAACUCGAUGGACACGGAAGGAGAAGGGGAGCCCCUAAACCCCAAUGAGAUAGAGCUAGUCUUCAAACCCCACCCUACAGAGAUGACUGGGGACAAUCAACUUAUGAGAGCUCUUUGUGACAAUUCUGUGAGAUAUCUAAAGACAACACCCAAUGCUUCUGUCGAUCAUCUAAGCAAGUACCUAGCGAUGCGUCUCACUUUGGAUCUCGAUGCAGAGCUACCAGAGGCACUCCGGCUUCUGAACUUUUGUAUUUACGUAGCACCUUCGCCUGGACAGUUUGUGCUGUUGGCUGGCUCACAGACCCUUCGUCAGAUUAUCGAUAAGUUCUGGAAGGUCAACAAACCUUUGGAGAUGUUCUACUCCUGGAAGAAAACCUAG